GUCUUCAGAGAAGUCAUCGGAUAUGUGGUCGGAAUGAUGUAUCGGACGCAUCGGAGAAGGGUGAGUCGCCUCCAGACCAAAAAUCGGAGUCUCGUCGGCAAUGACGCCCCCGAGAUGGAUUGAGAUAUAUUACAAACACUUGGACACAGUUCCUCUCGGCCCCGCAAAUUGAAAGAUGGAAUUUUUUUCCAUACGGCCAAAAUAUAUUUCAAGAAUUAUAAAUGCACGCGGCUAUCCCUAUGUCUCUCUUCUCCCAGCCGCUCUCUCAAGACACCAAAUUACCCCAGAGAUUUUCUCUCUGACCUGUCCGUGAUGUAUCUCCGAGCCAUUCACGCGGAAUCUCACAUUCCCACCCUCCGCCGAUUUGUGAGAGAUCAUCCCCUCGGGACCCUCACCACGGCUAUCAUGUCCUCCGAAUAUCCAUUCCUUCAAACAAGCCAUAUCCCGUGGGUUAUCGAUGUCAAGGAUGAUUCUAGCAUGACCGAACUCGGCAUUUUGCGAGGACAUAUGGCUCGACAGAACCCUCAGGCUAAAGCCAUGGUGGACUCUGCCACCUUAAAUAUGCCCCCCGGAACGACAGGGGGCGUGCAGCUCAAAGAUGAAGUCCUGGUACUCUUCACUGGGCCUGUGCAUCAUUACGUGACGCCCAAAUUCUAUACGGACACGAAGCCCGCUACGGGCAAAGUCGUUCCGACGUGGAACUACGCUGCGGUGCAAGCGUAUGGGAGAGCAACAGUUUAUUUCGACAGUGGUGUAGCAUCGACAGAGUAUCUGUCUCAUCAAAUCAGCGAUCUCUCCCAGCAUGCGGAAACCGCGGUGAUGGGAUACACUGAAGGAGACAAGAAAGGCCCUUGGAAGGUGUCAGAUGCCCCCGACCGAUAUAUUGCGAUCAUGCAAAAAGCCAUUAUUGGAAUCAAGAUUGACAUCACCCGACUCGGAGGCAAGUUUAAGAUGAGUCAGGAAAUGGGCGAGAAGGACCGGGCGGGAGUCAUUGACGGUUUCGAGAGUCUGGGGACGGAGAUUGGCACAGAGACUGCUCGCAUGGUGGCCCAGCGGCAGGAGAUGAUGAAGGGAGCCAAGUCUUGAAAUUUGGUCAGUGAUUAUUAGAUCGAAACCCCGCGUUUAUAAUAUAGUAUCAAGAACGGCCCCUCAAUAUAGCCUUUUGGUAUCUUUAGAAGUAGGAUUGAUUCCAUAGUUAAAUAGUGUUUGUUAUAAAGUCUUGUUUGCCAC